AUGAGAUUUUGCAAAUUUUAUGCGUUUUUUUUUUUUAAAAAGUUAUCAAGCUCUUAAAAAAUCACCCGAUACUAUAUACAUGCAUGGCAGGCAGGCACAAAAUUUCAUGUCACAUCACAUCGUGUCAUAUCAUAUGAUCGCACAUCAUUACAAAUUAGUGGCCCUGUGCGCCAUGGGCAGGCACUUUCUUAUAUAUGUAAGCUCCGCAGCCACGAGCAAAAAUUUCAUAUCACAUCAACGCCUAUUAAAUCACAUUAUCUCAUAGUAAAAUCAUAUGAUCAAAUGGUCUUUUUGUGAAACCCAGUCAAUGAACGAGACUUGUGCUUGCAAGUUUCAAAUUUUUGAAUUUCUGCAAUUCCCAAUUAUUUAGACUCUUCUGUAAGCACAGCUGUAGAAAAACACAUGGUGCGCAAGGGACGAAAAACAGCUGAUUGCCGUAGCAAUUAAUUUGGUUUUAACACUUAGUGAAAAAUUAUAUCAUUCAAAUGAAAACUAUUUCAGUAAAACAAAUCGUAUAUUAGUUGUAAUUUAUUUAAUAAAAUAAUGUCGUCAGUCUCUGCUGCUGCUGCCCUGGAAACUGAGGAUCCCGUAGAGUUGAUGCUUAAGAAAACUGGUUGCAUUGAAUUGCAUUACAAAGUACAAGAGUGCAUUGCUGAAACCGGUGAUUGGCGCCGUUGCCAAGAGGCGGUAAAAGAGUUUAAGCAGUGCAUGCAAAAAUACACAGAAGCACAAAUGAAAAAAUACGCUCAAACCAAAUAAACAGCAAAC